UCACUUCAGAAGUUUAUGUUUCAGAAGUAUUUUAUUUCUAUAUUGGUUGUUGCAUACAGUUUUCAAGCAUUAUCUGAUAACCAAAGGAAGACCUAAGUUAUUGAAAAAUUGUGCUUCUCUCCACACCAGGAAGUAUGUACGAAGCCUACCUAAAAGCGUUUCUAGAGCUCAUGAAAUUGGAAGGUGUUACUGGAGAGCAGGUAGCCCGGAGAAUUAGAAUAGUUUUGGAAAUCCUCAGUGAGGCAGACAAGUCUGGGUUGGUUACGGAAGAGAUGUUCAUGGCCUGGAGUGAGUUGCUGCUUAACCUUGACGAUGCAGAAGGAGUUGUAGAAGUCCUUUCCAAGGCAGUUGAUGCUUGGUCAACGCCGAGUCUUUGUGAAAGAUAUCUUUCAGUAAUCUCACAGAUAACAGAUAAUUGGGAAACACUAUGCGAAGAAUUUGAAAAGUGUAUUAAGAAGAUGGAUGAAAAAGGUUCUUUGGCAAUAUGGGAGCUUUGGAUGAAUACAUGUACUGAAAGAGAUGCUAAGAAUGCUGUUAAGGUAUUUGAGAUGUCGCUCAGUGCCAGGAAACAAGUUGCUGAAUUGGGUAGGCAGAAGUAUUUGGAGUGGGCAUAUGAGAGACAGGGAAUCAAGGAGUUUAGAAAAUUAUUCAAAAGGUUAAAAGACACUUGUCCUUUAACACUGGAUGUACUGCAACUUGCACUCAGCUUAGAGAAUAGCCAAGAAACGAAAAGCUUGUCACGGAUUCGAAAACUGCAUGAGUUGGCGAUUGACUCCUUUGGCACAAUGUCAAUCGACUGUUGGUUGGAAUACAUUUCAUUCGAGCUAGAGCAAGAAGAAACAGCUAUUGAUACCGUUGGAAGCAUUUAUUGGAGAGCUUUGAAAAUGCUGGAAAGCCAUUUGGUUGGAGAAUUUAUUGAUAAGUACACAUUGUUGAAAACCACCUCUUCUGCUUCCAUGGGCUGAAAGUGACGGUCCUGAAGCUUCUUAAACCUUAAAUAUCUUUUCAUCUGUGAACUCAAUAUGAAGUGCAUAUCUUGUGUAUAUGCAGGGAAUUACGAACCUUCUCAAACGACGAGAUUUAAGUAUUUCGAUAGGGGACUGAUUUUUGUAUUGUAUUAAUUAUUUUGGCUGGUAUUGUGAAAGUUUGUUUGGGUAUCUGGAAUCUUUAAUGAGAAAGCCUUACUUGCAAUGUUAAUACUUGUUUGAAAAAAAUUAAACUGCAUAUAAAGAUUAUUGGUUGGACAGGAAUAAGUGUUGAACAAGAAGAGGAAUAAACUGCAUGUCAAGAUGACAGUUGAGAUUGCAAAGACUAA